UUUCAAGUGUCUGCAGAAAUUCAACCGUGCGGGAGCAACAGCCACAUCCAAGAUGGAGACGCUAAAUGCUGGACAUAUGAUGAGUUUAGCAGCUCUACAGAGACAAGACCCGUACAUUAAGACACUGCUCGAUGUUACUGGCCAGGUGGCUCUCUACAACUUCAACUCCAAGACCAACGAAUGGGAGAAGACCGAAAUCGAGGGCACCCUGUUUGUUUAUACCAGGUCGGCCUCCCCUCACCAUGGCUUCACCAUCAUGAACCGACUGAGCACAGAGAACCUGGUGGAGCCGAUCAACAAAGACUUGGAGUUCCAGCUGCAGGAUCCCUUCCUGCUCUACAGGAACGGCAACUUGGGUAUCUACAGUAUUUGGUUCUAUGACAAGAGGGACUGUCAUCGUAUCGCUCAACUGAUGGUCAAGAUUGUAAAACAAGAGGCGGACCAUGUCAAGAGAGAAUCACCAGAGAGGGCAGUGCCGGGGAGGACCAAUGGCGUUGCAGAACCACGGCCCAUCGACAUCCUGGAACUGCUCAGCAAAGCCAAGGAAGAAUACCAGAGAGGUCAGGCAUUCGAAACAGAUGGGCCUACGGAGCAACGAGUGAAAGCAGCUGUCCACACUACAGAACAUACCCACAGCACAUCACAACCUCAGAAGAGCUCCCACACAAUAGUGAAGCAGAUCACAGUUGAGGAGCUCUUUGGCUCGUCCCUCCCCAAGGACCCCUCUCUACCCGCCAUGCCUUCACAGAACACCACCAAUGCUUCCAGUGACCCCUCCUACAUCCAUAACCACGGCACCAACCAGCGACACCAGGUCCCCGGCCUGCUCCCAGCUCCGUAUGCACUUCAUUCCAGCCCUGUUUUCCAGUCAGUAGUCCCCAUGUCAGACCACCAGCCUCUGUGCUCAGUUUCACCUCUCAUGGUGCCUCAUCCGGGCUCAGAGCUGCGGACUGCCCCCCCCGGUCCUGCAGCACCACCACCUUCAGUCUCAGGAGCUUUUUUGGGACAGGAAAUAUUAAGCUCCCUCAAAUCGGCAGUUCCAUCCAUGAAUUCAGACAUCCACAAACCCAUCCUCGCACCCAGCUUCCUGCCAAGCACUCUGGUCCCACCCCACAGCUUCCACGAGCACAUGGGGAAACCCAUUAUCCAGCACAACAAAGAGAGGGAUGUUUUCACUCAACCUCCAAAACUGAUCAAACCCAUGUCUGCUGUCCCCAUGAGUCCAGGUCUUGCUGUUCGAGGGCCUGAGAUUUCGGUGCUUCUCUCCCCCAGCGCCUUUCAGCAGUCCUUCAGUAAGACAACAGCAGCAUCAGUGGUCCUCCAUUCCCCCUCUGAGCCCCCCUCUCCCAGCCCAGCUGUAGAGUCACUGCCAGACCCCUGCAGCAAAACACAGCUACAGGAGACUCUGAUACACCUCAUUAAGAAUGAUGCAGACUUCCUCAGCACCAUUCACGAUGCUUAUCUGCAGACUCUGUCCAAGGACUUCAGCAACAUGAAGCUAUAGUCCUACUUCAGACAUCACCUCUGUUACUUUUAGUGCCACGACCCCUUUGUGACAUGUGAGACGACCAGACGUUAAUGUGUGUUGAAGAAGUGCAGCGAACAGGUUUUGACACACUGUACAUCACGACUCUGCAACCUGUCUGUGUUCCGAGGGUCAUUAUAGCAUGCGCCUAACUGUUUAAUCCUGUUUGAGUCUUUUACUGAACACUGAUGCUGCCCCAGCUACUCAUAUCAACAUGGGUCUACUUUUUGUCAGCGAACGUCGAGCCACAACUAUUGUGGGAGAGAGGGGUAAGAUAAAACUUCCAACUGUGGCCUGGAGUUUUUCCUUUUAAUGCUUAAGAAAUGUAAUGAAACUUUGGGCCAUGUGCCUGUAAAGUUAAGCUGUGGCUGAUGUGACAAGAGGGGACCACAGAGGAGCUUCGACGACCUUGAGCUAUAUGGCGUUUGACCUUAGAGCGAAACAUUUUCCAGCUCAGAACCACAGAUGCUGCUUUUCAAAUUUAUCUCACGUGUUUGGAGUUCUCGCAGUGCGAGAGUAUAUGAACGCUUAUAUAACACCUAAGCUUUGACUACUUGAGAGAAAGAUGUUUGGGACCUGGGUGGCUUUAAAAAGGACUCAUCUUCUUUUCAAUGACUGAAGCUUAUUCUGAACCACAGAGAGACGGUUCAGCCAUUAGUCUCUUAAUAAGGAGGAGACUAUUGAGGAUUUACUGCCUUGUUUGAGGAAGAUAAAGAACUUCCUUGUUUGGAGCAGCACUUGCAGCUAAGCAAUCUAAGAAUGGAUUACUCUCCGUUUUUCUUUUUUAAUGUUACCCCACAGACUUUGACAUGCUCAUAAAGAAAGAUGAACGCACAAAUUCGCCUCUUUGCUACAUUUUAUUUCUCCACAUUCCUUCUUACCCUUCCUCUUUCUUUUAGUUUUUUUUCUGCCUGUGUCGUUCAUCUCUCCUCCUCCAGCUGAGCUCCCAAGAACUUUCUGUUGUUGAAGAAGAAUGUGCAAUAGACCACCGUCGCGAUGCCUUUAGGGACACCACCAUUUGAGGAUGGGCCCUCGGGCUAAGUUUAUCUGAACAAAGUUUAUAUCAACACAAAAUGUUCUGCAAGAGAUGUAUAAUUUAAGUAUCACUAAAAAAAGCUUUAUAGCUCUUAAUUUUGGAUUCUUGUUUACGUUCACCCCUUAUAUGUUAAAUUCCUUAAAAAUAGAAGAGACAGUUGAUUACAGCAGUCUGUUUCAAACCAGUUUUAGUUUAUACCAGCAAUCCAAAUUAAUAAUGAAAAAUAUAAACUACCUCCAUUCCUGCUCCUCAUUUUAUUUGACCAAGUCCCAAUUACGUCUUAGGUCACAAUGACUUAAACUCAAAACAUAUUUUUUGCAGUAAAAUGCUACUGCAGAACAGGAAGUAGAAGUAGAUCUGUCUUCUCAUGAUGUGCAACACUGAGUGGGAAUGAAACAUUUAAAAUGUUUAUUAUUAGCUCUUGUACAUAUCGAAACAAAUACAACAGGCUUCAUUUUUUCCCUUUGUCACAAGUUCAGCACAAAAAAAGACCAUGAAAACAAUCUGAAAAUAAUGUAAAAGCAUGAAGAAGUUCUACAGCUUUCUGACAAAUGGUACAGUGAUAUCAGCUGUUGGCUUAAUAGACAACCAGUAUACUAGUCAUUCCAGGUAGGAACCAUGUAUUUUUGCUCAGGUUUUGUUAACAUUAGGUGCAGAAAUUGUUCCUUUUAGGUUCAUGUAAAACAAUAAAUAAACAUCAGAAAUCAUGUAAUGCAAAAUGUUUUCUCCCUGAGCGAGUGAUUUGAGUUUCACCUUGGUUGUCCCUUUGUAUCUGACCGUGCUAUUUGAAUGUAUUUGGUGUUUACGUGCAGUUUAUAUGUGCCAGUCCUGUUUUCCUCUGAACUCGGAUCAACAUUUUGUCACUUCAAACUUGUUUUUCUUAUUGAGACAUUUUUAAUUUAGAACGCAAAAAGGAUAUGUCAGCAGCUGGAGAGUUGAUCGAACAAUUUGUAUUUGUUAAUUUCAGAGGUGAUUUACUUAACCAGGUGUGGUUAAAUGAACGGAAGAAUGAUUUGAAAUGUAGAGAUUAUUUUUUUAAUUACGCUCACAUAUUUAAGAUUUUAAUGUUCUUUUACAUUGAAAUAUAAUUUAUCUUAAUUGAGUGGGCAGAAGUACGAUUUUGGGAAGGUCUUUGCGAAAUUUGGGAAUUUUCUAAUUUCCUGAGAUUGUUGUCACUGCAUAAUUUUGUUUAUGAUUAUUUUGUGAAAUUAAAGAUUUGAAAAUGGAGUUCUUGUUUUGCAGUGUUGUGGUCAACUGUGAAAAUGAGCUUUAAAGAUUAAACCAUGCUUACUUUUACAUUA